UCUAAUUGUCUUUAACCUUGUGGGCGGGUCCAGCUGUCAGCUCCACUUGGGCUGACCCCUGUCUGCUUAAAGACGCUCCGUACAGAGGAAUGGUCAGGGCUGAGAGAGAGACCAAGACCGGACACCGCAGCCAUGAAGGAAAUCAUGGCACAGAAAGAGAAGCUUCAGUGUCUGAAGGACUUUCACAAAGACACCCUGAAACCUUCACCGGGGAAGAGUCCAGGGACACGUCCUGAGGACGAGGCAGAAGGGAAGGUGACCCAGCGGGAGAAGUGGUCCAGUAAACUGGACUUUGUCCUGUCCGUGGCCGGAGGCUUCAUCGGAUUAGGGAACGUCUGGCGCUUCCCGUACCUCUGCUACAAAAACGGUGGAGGUGCUUUUCUCAUUCCAUACUUCAUCUUCCUGUUUGGUGGUGGUCUACCUGUCUUCUUCCUGGAGGUGGCGCUGGGCCAGUACACGUCUGAGGGAGGGAUCACCUGCUGGGCCAAGCUCUGUCCCAUCUUCACUGGUAUCGGCUACGCCUCCAUCGUCAUCGUGUCUCUACUCAACGUCUACUACAUCGUCAUCCUGGCCUGGGGGCUCUACUACCUGUUCCAGUGCUUUCAGCCCGAGCUCCCGUGGGCAAAAUGUAACCAGGCCUGGAACACGGAGAGCUGCGUGGAGGACACGGUCCGCAGGAACAGGAGCUUGUGGCUGGCCGCCAACGGCACCAACUUCACCUCCCCCGUCACCGAGUUCUGGGAACACAACGUCCUGAGCAUCUCCUCUGGGAUCGAGGACAUGGGUCCUCUGAAGUGGGACCUGGCCCUGUGUCUCCUGGCCGUGUGGGUCAUCUGCUUCUUCUGCAUCUGGAAAGGAGUCAAGUCCACUGGGAAAGUGAGUUUUUUUGUUUUUUUUUACAUUUUCAAAAUUGUAUUUUGCGGCGUGACGUUACCAGGUGCUGCUCAAGGGAUAAAGUUCUACCUUUACCCCGACCUGUCCCGCCUCCAGGAUCCAGAGGUGUGGAUCGAUGCAGGAACUCAGAUCUUCUUCUCCUACGCCAUCUGUCUGGGCGCCAUGACAUCACUGGGGAGCUACAACAAUUACAGAUACAACUGCUACAGGGACUGUCUGCUGCUGGGAGGCCUCAACAGUGGAACCAGCUUUGUGUCUGGCUUCGCAAUAUUUUCUGUCCUGGGCUUCAUGGCACAAGAACAAGGGGUGGACAUUGCCGAUGUGGCAGAGUCAGGUCCAGGAUUGGCCUUCAUUGCUUAUCCAAAGGCCGUGUCAAUGAUGCCACUGCCAACACUGUGGGCCGUCCUCUUCUUCAUCAUGCUGCUGCUCCUGGGCCUGGACAGUCAGUUUGUGGAGGUGGAAGGACAGAUCACCUCCAUCGUGGAUCUGUUUCCUGCCGUCCUCAGGAAGGGCUACCGCAGAGAGAUCUUUAUAGCCGGCCUUUGUUGCAUGAGCUAUCUGCUGGGACUCGCCAUGGUAACCAAAGGGGGCAUGUACGUGUUCCAGCUCUUCGACUACUACGCGGCCAGCGGGGUGUGCCUCCUGUGGGUGGCGUUCUUUGAAUGCAUCGCUGUAGCCUGGGUGUAUGGAGUGGACAAUUUCUACGACGCUAUUGAAGACAUGAUCGGCUACAGACCGAACCCCUGGAUGAAGUGGAGCUGGACCGUCAUCACGCCCGUCCUCUGCAUGGGAUGUUUCGUCUUCUCCCUGGUGAAGUACAAGCCCCUGACCUACAACAAGGUGUACGAGUACCCCGACUGGGCCAUCGGAGUGGGCUGGUGUCUGGCCUUGGCCUCCAUGGUCUGCAUCCCACUGGUGAUGGUCAUCAAGAUCCUGCAGUCCGAGGGACCACUGAUUGAGAGGAUCAAAGCUGUGGCAGCACCGGCCAGUUCAGGCGUGAGUUCCCGCCCUAAAGAGUACAACAUGAACGGCAGCGAACUGACGCAGACGCUGGACCCCAACGGGAACAACGGCUCCACCAAGCCCCCCCACACCAUUGUGGAGACAACAAUGUGAGCGCUCUCUGUGAGAGGAUUAAAGUUGCGAUGCUUUCUGUGCCGUCGUGUUUGCUAACGCUGAUCAUGCUAGGUUUACACUGUAGUGGUCUGUGGUUCUGGCCGUUUCUACGGAGAACGUCUUUGUUUUUGUUUUUCUUCUUUUUUACGUUAUUAAUAUUGUGGAUGUUACACUUGAUGCUGUAGUUGACACUGGUCUCAGAUCAGAACUUCUUCCAGACAGAACGCGUCGGUGUCGACUACAGUUCACCGAAGCAACGAGGAAUCUGGUUGGUUGAUUUUUUAGCGAUUUCUAAACAUUAACUUCAUGUUCUCUAAACACACGACUGUGGUGGAACUCACAGUACCAUGUACUGUGAGUACUGUGUACCUCUACCAACAUACCUCCACAAAGAAAUGGGUCAGGGGUAUUUAGUCUUGUUUCUGCCCCCUCUCAGUGUUUCCCUCCUGUUGAUUUUCAACAAGGGUCAAGGGUCAGGGGUCCUUCAGAGGGACUGCACUUUUCCAAGGAUUUCCUCAUAAAACAGACACAGAGUAAACAGUACUAUACCGUAAUUGGACACAUCGACUCAGUCCAACGUCGUCCUGGUCCAGAGACCACGUGUUAGCAGGGUUAGCUUGACUUCAAAUUGAAAUGCUACUGCGCUAACACAGGGCUGAUAACUCACCAAUAGCACAACACCCUGAUUCCGAUCCGUAAACACAGCUAACAAAUGAGAUACUAGCGCCCCAUAACUAAGCAAACAACGUGGAUCAUUGAACAGCGCCACCUACUGGCCAGGGAAGGAGAGCCACACGCUCCAAUGCACAGAAAAAAGUCACGUUUCUCAAUUUGAAACGAAAAAGAAAAGUGGGAUUUCUGUAUCAUACAUGAAGGAGUGGUUAGUGCUCUUGCCUUACAGCAGGAAGGUGGCUGGUUCGAGUCCCGGCUCUCGGUGCUGUUCUGUCUGUUUGAAGUUCCGUCCAGUUCCACUACAGUCCUGAAACCAGAGGGUUUGGAGACGACGUUAACGUUCACUCUAAACUGACCAUAGGUGUGAAUGUUGUCUCUGAAUCCCUCUGAUGGACUGGAGCCCCCUCCCCCCCCCACACACACCUCCUGUGAUUGGCUCCUGCCAGCCCCCCCCAACUGUUUUCACUACGAUUUUUUUUUCUUGCACUUUAAAAACUGUAAUAUUUUGAAGACCUCUGGGUAGAGCAGCUGAUUUAGCCGUAGUUUUUGAUACUCUGACACCGAGAACGUAGAACCAGCCUGACACCAGACGUUCUACUGCAGAACAGUGAGGAGGAGGAGCUGUGAUGUCAUCGUAGAUGAAGAUCAGGUCAGCUGACUUUAGAUACUGAAUUAUUUUUCAAUACACAGAUAACUUUUGUAAAAAAACAAAACUGUUUACAUCGUACCACAGCUUCAGUCCGUUUGUUAUUCCUCUGUUUUAAACUACUGUAAACAGAAUGAGUCGAAAAGUUCUGAGACAAAUAAAUAAAAACUGUCCAUUUCCUCCA